ACGAGCAAGAGGCUGAAGAAAGUGCAGUGAAGAGCGAACCAGAGAUGUGGCCUUCAAACUGCAGCACAUCUGGCCGAGACUAUGCAACAGGAGUGGGUGGACUGAAUGAGCAUUCAACCUCUCCAGUGGAGAAGUGCACUGAGUCAUCUGUGGCUGGCAAAAAGACCAAGCUAUACAGCUGUGCUCACUGUAGCUAUAAGAUACCAAAGUUUAGUCAUUUGAAGGUACACAUUAGAAAACACACUGGAGAAAAACCAUUCAAUUGUGAGUUUUGUGACUACAAAAGUGCUAAGUUAAGUAAUAUGAAAGCACAUAUUAGAACUCAUACAUCAGAGAAACCUUUCAGCUGCGAGUUUUGUGAUUACAAAAGUGCUAGUUUAGGUCAUUUGAAAGCACAUACCAGAACACAUACUGGAGAAAAACCAUUCAGCUGCGAUUUUUGUGACUACAAAAGUGUUCAGCCAAGUAAUUUGAGAAGACAUAUCAAAACCCAUACUGGAGAAAAACCAUUCAGCUGCGAGUUUUGUGAUUACAAAAGUGCUAGUUUAGGUCAUUUGAAAGCACAUACCAGAACACAUACUGGAGAAAAACCAUUCAGCUGCGAUUUUUGUGACUACAAAAGUGCUCAGCUAGGUCAUUUGAAAUCAGGCAAAGCAGAUAAGCAGUCAUCGUCAUCAUCGCAGUCGUCCUCAUCAGCUGUGAAAGAUAAGGUGCCACAGCAGACGACAUCUACUGCUUCGAAGCAAGGCUCUGCCUCUGAGCCGGCUCGCCCUUUAUCACCGGCUGUUAUCUCAGGUAUUGAGAACAAUUUCGUGCUUAAAAUUCUAAAUGACAGCAAUGUAUAUAACAAAUUAGUUAAAGACGUUGUGUCCGGCGUGUCUUCCCUAGUCAUUGAGGGGUUGACAGCAUCUCUGAACUCUGCUAUUCUUCAAAUAGUGGAUCUUCAAAAAGAAGUGUCAUCGUUGAAAGAGCACCUUAAGCUCAGUGAUGAGAAAGUCAAGCAAUCAUUUGAUCGUGCCGAUAAUUUAGAGCAGUAUCAAAGAAGAAACUGUAUUCGCAUAUUUGGAGUGCCAGAAGCAAAUAAGGAAGAUACUGAUCAACUAGUGAUCGAUGUUUGUAAAGAUAAGCUGGGUGUUAACAUCGAGCUGCAAGACAUCGAUCGCUCGCAUCGCGUGGGGCGUCGGCUGGCCGUCGCGGCGUCCAACACCCCUCCACCCCGACCCCGCGCCAUCAUUGUCAAAUUCGUUAGCUAUCGUCAACGGCCGCCUCAUAUUGGGUAUAUGUCAGAAUUUGAGGAAGCACUACUUGAGCUGAUGGUGCCCUAUGAACAUGUGGCUAUCAUGGGUGACUUCAAUACUGACUUACUUGGACCUGAUACUCAUGACAAAAUACAACUGACCACUAUGUUUUUUGCGAAUG